AUGUCGUCCAUGGACUAUUGUCUAUACAGCUAUAGUGAUCUGCCCCUAGAGAUUGUGCUGCAUAUAUAUAAAUAUCUGGGGUAUUCGGAUUUAUUGGCAGCUGGCACGACUUGUCAACGUUGGCGAAGCGCUCUAUAUCAUACGGAAUUCCUAGCACGCACACGUGUUCGUUUCUCUAAGAUAGUUUUAUCGGAUCAACACAGUCCUGCAUUGGACUUGAUGCGAUGUGAACGACGUUUUCGUCAUUUUCUAUUCGAGGAUGUGACGCUGGGUCAGGUGCAGGAACUGAUGACAUUCAUCGGAGAGUCGGCGCACUCCUUGAGCCUAGAUAAUGUGGACUUGAAUGAUAAACAAUUCUAUGGCAUUUUAAGCCUGUUGCCUCAUUUGCAAAUACUUUCUGUGACACGCUGUUUGCCUUUAUUUAUGUCCGCCACGUUUUUGGAUAGCAAUUCGUGUGAUUUGAAUGAAAUCUCGGCUAAUUUGUUAAGCAUCAAAGAGUUGACUAUAUGCAAAAAUCAAUAUCUAACCGAUGCCAUACUGCUAAGACUAACAGCUUUAAUGCCCAAUUUGGAAUUGUUGAAUAUGUCCGGCUGCCAAAUUUCCUUUCACAAUGCAAUCCAUCGACGCUUCUAUCCUAAUGAGCCAAGCACGCCCAGUGAAUCGGUGCUGACAUUCAAAUACAUACAAAAUGUGCUCAGCCAGCAGCGGAGACUUCUACACACGCUCGACUUUAGUCACACGCUCAUCGGACACUCGCUGAUGGCUCUCUGUGAGCUAACGAAGACCGAUGAGCAUGCUCAGCCCGGGCUGCAGCUGCGACGUCUGUAUUUGGCCGGCUGCAGGCAAUUGAAUGCGUCGACCAUACGCAGCUUUCUCUGCACUCAAUCUCAAUUGAGUGUUCUGGAUCUAUCGUCUACGAUGUGCCUGAAUGAUGACUGCUUAGCGGUAAUUGUUCAGGCAAAUCCCCUCCUGCAGGAUCUGAAGAUAAAUGCCUGUUCCGGCAUCUCAAAUACAGGCGCUGCAAAUUUACGUAAUUUGUCUCGAUUGCGCCUGCUCGAUAUAUCCAAUUGUGAUGGCAUCAACAGCAGCGGCAUUAUAGACGGCAUUGCCCGGACAGAGAAUAAUGUGCUCCAGGAGCUAAACGUCUCUUACCUGACAAUAUGUGAGGAGUCCAUCAAGUCUAUAGCAAGAAAUCUACACGCUCUACGCUCCCUUCAUCUCAACCAUUGCGUCAACGCUGUCACAGAUGAGGUAAUGCAGCUCAUAAUCAAUCACCUAUGCUGGCUAAGAGAGCUCUCGCUUGAAAGCUGUUGUCGGCUAACCGAUGCCGCUUUGACUGGGAUCAAUAUAGCUAAGCUGGAACUGAAUCGCAGCUCUGCUAUAGGAAAUUUUUACCCACCGUCCGAUGGAUUCAGCGGCUCAUUGCAGUCGAUCAAGAUAUCGUUGCGCAGCAAGGCUGAGGAGGAGAUUGUACGGGAUGCGAAACGUAAGCAGGCAAUGUUUGCGGCCUACGAAAUGAAUCUGAUCAACGAGGAGGACUUCGAAGGUCACAAUAUACAAGAACUGCGUGGAUUGCGAUCCCUCAAUCUGCGCGGCUGUAAUAAAAUAAGUGAUGUCUCCCUUAAAUAUGGCCUUAAGCACAUAGAGCUGAACAAGCUUUUGCUCUCGAAUUGCCAACAGAUAUCGCUGUUGGGCAUGGAUGCCUUAGUUAAUAACUGCCCAGCCAUUGAGGUGCUCGAUCUAUCCGAUUGUUAUAACAUCAGUGAUCAGGGCAUUAAGAUAAUUACGGAGAAGCUGCAACGGCUGCGGUCCCUGGACAUCAGCGGCUGCAGCCAGUUGACGGAUCACACGAUCGACGCUAUAAUUGUGAACUGUGAAUGUCUGGAGACUCUGUCCAUAUAUCGCUGUCGUCGGAUGUAUACGGAUAUUGAGGAUCGCUUGUCGGGCGUUCGGACACUUCGCAAUUUGCACAUGGACAAUAUGAAUAACAUCGAUAAUGCCGAAUUCUUUCGCUUGAAGAAACGACUCGAUUGCUGAUAUUUUGUUGCAAUUUUCGUUGUAUUUAUACUGUAUUAUUUUCAAUUGUACAAUUUUCGCUAGUCAAGUUAGCCUAAGAGGCAAAUCGAAUUGAAUAUAAAAUACAUUAUAUAAAUGGCACUUCUAUAGUAUACAUA